AUGGCCCAGAACUAUUAUGAUGUUCUGGGUAUCACCCGAGAUGCGACUGUUGAGGAAAUCAAGCGCGCGUACAAAAAAGCGGCCUUGACCCACCACCCGGACAAGGGUGGUGAUGAAGACAAAUUCAAAGAGUGUGGUGCCGCAGUGGAAACCUUGACUGAUGAAAGGAAACGAGCUGCCUAUGACUCCACUUUGGUCAGGCUCCGUUCCAAAGACGGCCUUGGCAGCGGAUUCCACAGGUUUUCCUCACGCGACUCUUCGAGUGAACGGCCUCGACCAGGUGCUGUGCCUAAGCCGCCGCCAGCUCCGCAAACUGCUGCGCAUGUGCCUCAGCCACCCAAAGCGAAAAAGAACGUGGAGAUUCCUUCUGAUCCAGGUAUCCUCUCUAUCAAGGAGCUCAAGGAGUUGUUGACGGCUCUCGGCAUUGAUCACGAUGGGUGCUUGGAAAAGGCAGACUUGCUCGCGCUGCUUCGUGACAGAAAGGCCAUGUGUGGUGGUGAUACACCUCGUGAGUCGAGCGUGCCCAAACCGCCGCCGGCUGCCCCUUCGAGCAGCAGCAGUGCAACAGCCGGCAGAGCUUUAAGGGUGAAAGUCAUGUCUAUAGGCUCGGCCACUGUGGGUAAAAGCACCCUGAUCAAGCGCUACUGUGAGAGUCGCUUCGUACAGAAGUACAUUCCCACCAUCGGCAUCGACUACGGGGUGAAACCCGUGAGGGUCUUGGGCCAUGACCUCAAGGUGAACUUCUUCGACACCUCAGGACUUCGGUCGCGUGGUGCCCCUGGCCGUCGCGUGGCGCUGUGCGCCAACAAGUUGGACCUGGGCCGCCGCGCUGUCAGCCGCGCCGAGGGCGAAGACUUCGCCGCCUCGCAUGGCAUGCGCUACUUCGAGACCUCCGCGGCGACGGGGGAGCAGGUCACAGAGGCCAUGAAUUACCUGUUCGAGCAGGCGGUGCCGCUCGGGAGGAACAAGACUCGGGACCAAUCUGGCUUUGUUUGGUUCGUGGGUUUCGUAGCCCUUCUUCCUUCUGUAUAG